AUGCUCUCGCUCAACGCCACCGUUCCCCUCUCGGUCGACUUCGAUCGCCCUGAAGACUACUUCAUUUUUCUCUUCCAUAUUAUUUUCGCUACGAGCGCAGUCCUCCUCGCGGGCUCAGUGGUCAUUGGAAUCUCGAGCACGAAGAGUCUUCGGCGUCAGAACAGAUUUAUUUUCAUGCUCAACACCAGCAUUAGCGACACUCUUGUCGGAUUCUCUGUGUAUUAUCUUGGUCUAUUUGACGUACAGGAAGGAUUCCCGUCAAGGAACGGUACAUACUACAUUCUACCUACUCUUCUUGGAGUAAAUGUCUUUACUUUCUUGUUCGCGCAGUUUGACCGUUACGUCGCUGUGUGCUAUCCCUUCUUUUACGACAGUUACAUCACGCAGCCCGUUGCGGUUGGAGCCUGCGUCUACAGCUGGGUCCACUCGUAUUCAAUAUUACUGGCAAUGAAUGUGGUUCCCAUUUCAAUAGCUGCAAAAAUAAGCGCAUUUAGCAUUGUGGCCUUACAGAUUGUAGUCAUCACUAAAAUUCUAAUGACUAUAAAGCUGUAUGUAAUUGCCAGAUAUCAGAUUGGACGAGACCCACCAAGCGCCGACAAGGAGAACAAGAAGGAAUCACUGAGGAUAAUAGUGUUUGUAGUUAUAUCUUUCCUAGCCCUAUGGUUUCCCUCGUUCAUCAAUAUUAUUGUGAAGCAGCAAAGGCUUCGCGCAGUCAGAUUUAGAAACGAAGCGACUAACCUCUUUGCCAUUAUGGCGCGCUUUAACGCACUUACCACGCCCGCCGUGUACGUCUGGGGAAGCCCCGCGCUGCGCGAGGCUGUGAAGAGAGCCGUGUGGGGGAGAGUGUGCCCGAAGCGGAAACGCAGGUAG